AUGGAGGUUCUCUAUCCGGACACCAAUACAAACAACGCAACGGAGAGGAGUAUCAAUGUCGACAUCGUUGCUGUCCCCGGCUUGGGGGCCGACCCGGCCAAAAGCUUCGGUUCCGAGACGACCGACUUUCACUGGCUCAAGGAUGCCAAGGAAGGCCUGCCCGACGCGAUCCCGGGCGCCCGGAUCAUGCUAUACCACUACGACUCGCGCUGGCUCGGCUCCGACGCCAAGGAGCAGACGCUGUACAACGUGGCGAGCCUGUUCCUGGUGAGCCUCGCGGCGCAGCGUCGUGGCGACAAGAACCAAGACGAGCCGACGCGACCCAUCGUCUUUCUCGCGCACAGCAUGGGAGGGCUGGUGCUGGCCAAGGCGCUGACGCUCGCGGCGGCCCAGCCCGAGGAGAUGGCCUACACGCGCAUCCUGCACUGCUUCGCGGGGGCCCUCUUCUUCGGCACGCCCUUUGGCGGCGCGCCCGAGUCGUUUCGGGGCAUGCUGCUGGCUGGCCUGCUGGCCAAAUUCAACGGGAAGGGGUACCAGUCGCAGAUGCUGCAGACGCUGGACCCGAACCGCGACUCGCUCCACGAGCUGCGCGAGGACUUUGCGCGGCUGACGGCCAGGCUGGCGCCCCGGCCGGCCCUUUUUUGUCUUUACGAGCUCAUGCCGACCAACUAUCUGCAGGAGAGGUUCAAGGGGGCGCCCCGACUCGGACGCGGAGAGAUGGUCGUCUCGCAGGCCUCGGCGACGCUGUCGCACGCCAAGCAGUAUGGCCUUGGCCGCAACCACCGCCAGCUGAACCGGUUCGACGAUGCCAAGGAUGCCGAGUACAAGUACGUGCUGCACUGGAUCCGGGAGAGUGUCCAGGGCGCGGGGCCCCUCGUCAAGGCCCGCCUGCGGGCGUCGCGCCAGUCCGUCGUCGACGACGCCACCUUUCAGCGCCUCGUCCAGAGUCUCAACGUGGUCAACGCAGAGAGGAAGCUGGCGAGUGUCGAGAACUUGAGCGGUGAUUCGCGCUGGCUACGCGAGGAGCCCGACUUUGUCCGGUGGGCCCGCCAGGAUCCCCCUACGCCAUCAUGCUUGUGGGUGUCUGGGCACCAGGGGCUGGGCAAGUCCAAGGCGGCGGCGGUCGCCAUUGACGUGCUCCGGACCAAGAGAGACGACCUCGUCCGCGCGACGGAGAGAGAUCCCUCCUCAACGGGCAGUAUCAUGUUGGCCUACUUCUUCUGCGACCCGAGUACCGAGGGUCGCUCUGCCGAGAACGUGGUCAAGUCGCUCCUAUGGCAGCUCAUUGUCCAGAGGCGGGACCUGGCGCAGUACGUGAAAAUGUUCGCCGCUAAAGCCCCUUCCUCGUCCCGGGGCCCAGGCGGAGGCGGUGCUGGCGGCAACGUCAGCGUGGGCAAGCUCUGGAGGGGGCUGGCCGAGAUGCUCCAGGAUGAGUCCGUCGACGAGGUCUACUUUGUCAUUGCCAACGUGCACUCGCUCACAGAGGAUGAAUCGAGGACCGAGUUCCUGACCUGCCUGUCCGAGAUGCUCCAGGGCGAGGACGGCCCCGACGGGGACGCGAUGCGCGACAAGGCCAAGUGGAUGUUGCUUAGCCGCGAUCGUCCCGAUAUCAGGAAGGCCCUCGAGACGGACACGCUGCUGCGGAUCGACCUGAACAGCAGCUCCCGGAGUGCGAGACAGCUCCAGUUCCUGGCCACGUACACGCGCGACAGGGUCAAGGCGCUCGGCCAGGCCAAGGGGUACAACCUGGCCCUCGAGUACCUGCUCAUGCAGCUCCCAGCGACAUUCUUCAGUGUCCGAGAGGCCUUGCAGCUGCUGCCGCAGGAUGUGUCCAUGCUGAUCGAGCAAGCUUGGGUCCACGUGCUUGGCGACAGCAAGAAGCAAGGGCUCGAAGUGGUCAGGGAGAUCCUCCGCACCCUCGUCAUUUCGUACGAAGAUCCCACGAUCCAGGAGCUGGCCAUCAUGGCCGAUCUCCAAGAUGAAGACCGCCCCGAGGGCAUCUCGGUCGAGGACAGGGUGCUGGAGCACAUCAAGGCCUGCGGGCCGCUGCUCAGGGUCAGCACUAUGGAGGCGCGUGUCGACGCCCUGGGCUACUGGCCACAGGAGACCUGCGUCUCCUUCAUCCACCCACUCGCCAGGACGGCCCUGGAGCAACCAGGGCUUGCGAAGUAUCUGGGCAUCGGCGACCGCGAGGAGGGAGGCGAGGACAGUGGCACCGAGUUCAAGUGGCAGCACGGCAUCGUCGGCCUGCGGUGCUUCUCCUACAUCAUGUCCCGGUUCGCGCAGGACGACGAGGACGACGCCAUGAUUAUGCAGUGGAGGACCAAGGCAGUCGUCGACAAGAAGGAGGCCGAGAUCGACCAGCUGUUUGAAGACAUGGAGGCACCCUCGGAGAGCGACAGCGGGAGCGACAUGGACGAGGACGAGGAGGCUCUGGUGUACCCGCUCAAGUACUGGCUACGGCACGGAUACGACGCAACGCCCGAGUUUGUCCACUCGCUCGACAUGUCGCAGCGUUUCUGGUCCCUCGACUCGACCGCGCGAAGGCGCUGGUGGGGGACCUUUGCCCGUCAAGACGGCCAGGGCGAGCUCAGGGGCUUGACGGCGCUCCAUGUCGCCUCCUUCUUUGGCCUGCUCCCUCUGGUCAACUCGCUUCUGGAGCACGGACACGGGGACGAGAUGCAGCAGCUCGACAGCUGGGACAACCAACCUCUGCACUGGGCCGCGGCUCGAGGCCACACACACGUGUGCGUCCGGCUCCUGGAAAAGGGCGCCGCGAUCAACAACGGCCUCGAGACGGGCGCGUGGACCCCGUUGCACAUGGCGGCGAGCGAGGGUCGCCUCGACGGGAGGGGACGCCGCUCACGCUCGCCCUGCAAGGCGGCCAAGCUCCUCGUCGACGAGGGCGCCGACAUAACCCUGACAGCAGACAGCGGAGAGUCUCCCCUCAUCGCCGCCAUCCUCCGGGGCUACCAAGAGCUCGUCACCGACUUGCUGGACAAGGGUAGCGACCCGAAGCAAGGCUCCCAGGACUACCAGAGCGCGCUCGCCGCCGCGGCCACGACGGGCAACAUGAACAUGGUCACGUCGCUCCUGGCGCUGGACGAGGACCUCGACUCGCGCGGCGCCGCCCUGGAGCACGCCGCGGCCAGCGGGUUCCCGGCCGUCCUCACCGCGAUUCUCGAGCAGUCCGAGUCGCUGCCUCUGGGCAAGGCGCUCCGAAAGGCCGCCGCGUUUGGCCAGGAGGACACGGUGAAGCUGCUCUGGGCGGCGCGCGACACGAAUCAACUCUCCCGCGAGGAUGUUGAUGCCACCCUCUACGUCGCCACGGACGCGCAGCACGAGGCCAUGGUCCAGUUCCUCCUCGAUACCUGCGACGCGAACCCCAACGCGACAGGCGACGAAUACGGCAACGCCCUCACGGCCUCGGCCUACGAUGGCACGGUAGGUAUCACACGUUUGCUCCUCCAGCACGACGCAGAUCCAGAGGCCGAAGCGGGCUACCCCUUGCACAUGGCGGCGGCCAACGGUCACAAGGAGAUUGUCGCGCUGCUCCUCGACAACGGGGCCAAGAUCAACGGCCACAGCACCCGUGUCACGGGUGGCGGCAGUGCCCUCCAAGAGGCCUGCAUGGUUGGCGAUAUCGACGUCGCGCGCCUCCUGCUGGCGCGCAACGCGGACCCCAACAACGGCGCCGGGUGGCUGUCGAAUCCCUUGACGGCGGCCACCUACUGUGCCUACGGCGAGCUCAUGGCACUGCUGCUCAGCAAGGGGGCCAAUCCGAACGCGGUGGGAGGGCCCAGCAUGGCGUCCCCGCUUAUCAACGCUUGUUCGACGCUGCCGGCCAAGUACGUCCGGGUGCUCCUCGAGAACGGGGCCAGCGUCGACUACCAGGACGAGGACGGGGACACGGCCCUCAUGGUCUGCGCCGCCCUGGGGGACGACGACUGCGUCCAGGUGCUGCUCGAGUUUGACGCCGACGUCAACAUUGUCGGAAAGCAUCGCGGUACGGCCCUCCACGCCGCGGCCGCCAACGGCUACCCGGCCACCUGCCGGCUGCUCCUGUCCAAGGGAGAAGCGGACCCUACCUUGCUGGGCGGCGAGUACCACACCGUCCUACAGGCCGCGGCGGCCUCGGGCGAGCCAGACUGCGUCCGGGCCAUCCUGGAGAACGAGGUCGCGCUCGACGUCUACGGCGGCAAGCACUACAGCGCCCUGCACGCCGCGGCCGUCCAGGAGGACGAUCAGUGUCUCCGCCAGCUGCUCGAGCGGGAAGGGGCGGAUUUGGAACUGAAAGUCGUCCCCGGGCCCGGUUCAAAGUACGCCAAGCUCGGCACACCGCUGCACGAGGCGGCUUUGGCUCGCUGCAACCGCAAUGCACGCCUGCUUCUCGAGAGCGGCGCAGACCCCAACAUGACGGCCGGCAAGCUCGGCUCUGUGCUCCAGGCCGCUGCGCUCAAGGGCGACGCCGCACUCGUUUCGCACCUGCUGGUGGAGGGAGAAGAGGGGGAAGACGAAGCACAAGAAGGAGCCAAGAUAUCCACCCAGAGCCUGUGUGGCAGUGGCAAGUAUGGUAGUGCUCUUGCGGCCGCCGUGGCCCGCGAGAGCAGAUGGGAAGACGACUCGGACACCGAAGAGCGGCACGACAUUAUCCACAUGUUGCUCGCGCGCGAGGACCUUCCCUUGGAGGCCUACAAGGGGGCCAUGGAGCGGGCCGUGCAACUCGGCCGCAAGGAAGACUUCAAGCUCAUUCUAGCGUCAUACGAGGCAAAGGCCAGGAAGCGCAGGUUCCCCGCCUUCAAGAACAUCAUGGCUGGCUUGAAGAAAGUCAAGGAGCGUCAGGUCCAGCAUCGCCGUAGUCUCCAGCGAAGAGGCCAGGAGGAACCCGUCAAUAGUGACUUUGGCGAGGAGGACUUGACGUACCAGGAUAUUGAUGAUGCCAUUGAGGAGGAGGAGGAGGAGGAGCAGGGAGAGGAAGCAUUGCAAGGGGCUCCUGUAGAUCCAGCGCAAACAGGCCAGAGCCAUGGACUCGCCGGUGACUACUAUGCUUCUUCGGCGGGCAUCAACGGCACCGGUGGAGGGAGAGGCAAUGACGGAGACAGGGGGUUCCAGGAAGACAGGGGUUUCCAAGAAGACUCCCCCUACCCGAUCCGCUCCCGUGGUGGGCCUGGUCAGUCGGAUGAUUCCGGCGGAGGCGGUGGAAGAGCUGCUGUUGGCGCUGCUGCUGGUGCCGGGGUUGGGGUCGGGGCGCUGGCAGGAACGGGCAUGGCCUCUUUUGCAGGAGAUGAUGGCGGCGAGUACGAGGAGGAGCAAGGGGAGGAGGAUGCUACGCGUACCUUGGAGCCACAGUACGAGGAUGGCAAUGAACUGGCCGACGACGCUGAUCCGGAGCCAGACGAAGAAGACGAAGAGGGAUAUGCUGAGCCUGAUGAUGAAGAUGAUCCGGAAGAGGAGGACCAGGAGUACGAGGAAUAG